AUGGAAGUGGGCGGGGCCCCAGGUGGGCCCCCGCAGCUUGGCGGGUCCUCUUGGCAACGGGAGAACGUGCAGGGAGGGGCCCAGAGGCGGGGCUUGACGCGCCGCUGCCACGUUGCGUCAGGGUUGGGCGCGCUGGGGCGGGGCGUGGAGUGCGGGCCGCCAGCCCAUCCUCUCCCAACUUCUAGAAGGCUAGCAGCCUCCGGCCGUCACCCAGCAGGAGCUUCUGGGCCGCCAGUGGAGAUCCAGGAGUUUUCGGGUUCUUCUGGGCUGUCCGACGGGCAUGACACGGCAGAAGUAUCCGCUCGCUCCGAAGCCCUCCAGAAACCCUUUGUAGUCAGGAUAUUUGACAUGCACAACCAGCCUGGGGAGUCCGAGGAGCCGGGGUUAGCCGAGGAGGCUGACGAGCAAGACCAGCCAGGCGAGUCCGAGGGGUGUGCAGAGUCCCACGAGAUCCCCAAGCCCCACGAGCCCUAUGAGCUCUACCAACCCUGUGAGCCCCACAGGCCCCCCAAACCCCGUGCACCGUACAAGCCUCAUCCACCCCGUGAGGCCCGCAAGCCUCAUAAGCCCCAGGGGCCCCAUGCUCCCCGCGAGCCCCACAAGCCCCACGAAGUCGAGUUGCUUCCCAGAGCUGGCGUGAUGAUCUCCCCGUCUCUGCUGACCAGAUUCCCACCACGGCUUCUGCCAUCUUCCCUGAGAGAUCCUGGUCCCUGUGACUUUGUUAGGAAAUGUUCUUUUUCUAGGAAGAGAAUUCAAGAUCUUUCUAGGCCUAAGAAGCAAUGGGGAGCCCCAGAUAGAAAACUGUUUUGGGGAAAUCAAGAUCCUAUUCGCCCUGUUUCCCAGAAUGCUUUGAAGGCUCAACUGACCAAAAGACUUGAGAACCUUGCCCAGCCUAAGGAAGUCUCCCAUGGAUAUGUACCUAACAGGAUUCAGUAUUAUUACAGCUGUGGUAGAGAGUCUGUAAUCUGGGAGAUCCCUUCUCCUGCACUGUUUUGCCAACCUUCCAAAAGGAUCCAGAAGCUGGCACAGCCCAACAGAUUCAAGAAAGUGUAUCUAAUAAAUAGGUAGAGUACCUUGAGAAUCUCCAUAAAUUCUCAUCUAAUUUGGUGAAAGUCACAAUAUUGCUGUUCUAAUUUUAGUGUAUGCAAUUUCAUAAAAUAGAAGUCUACUUGUGUUUCAAAGCAUCAGGGUGAAAAAUCAAAUAUUUGCAGCAAUUGUGGGUAAUCAGAAGAUCAUCAUCAGUAAUUACAUUUGACUCAAAUUGUAGUGAAGCUAAAAUUCACACUAAACUUACCAUUGU